GUAGAGUUUGUGUAAAGUUGAUCAGAGUUAAACCUCUGUGUGACAAGUUAGAUAGCCAAACAAGGGCUUCGUGUUUGUGACAGGCAGACAUGAUGAUAGAGAGGAAGAGAUACAACCUGAUGAGCCGAAGGAGACAAACAAUGUGAUUUUUCACCCCGUCAUUAGCCUCUGCCAGCAGCUGUUUUUCUUAGUUUUCUUUUAAGUCCAGGUGUUCAAAAUCUCAAGAGGGUGGUUUGCAGCAUUCCCUCGGUUAGGAUAAAAACAGGGAUGGAAAGCAGGGAUCCACAGUCCAGUGAAGGAGAAGGCAGAGGGAGAGAGAGCGAUGGGGAGAAGGACAAGCAUCUGAAGGACCAGCUCGACAGUGAGGAAAAAGGAGAGAAGGAGAUCAGGGGAAACGAGAAAGAGAAGAAGAAAGAAAAGCGUCGCUCAGGAUCUCUGUGGAGGAAUGGAUGGGCACUGAGUGAAAGACUGGCCAUCAAUGUAUCAGGGAUGCGUUAUGAAACUCAGCUUCGCACCUUAGCCCAAUUCCCUGACUCCCUGCUCGGCGACCCCAGACGAAGGUCACGCUACUUUGACCCACUUCGAAACGAGCUCUUCCUGGACCGCAAUCGAGCCUGCUUUGAUGCCAUUCUGUAUUUUUACCAGUCAGGGGGGAGGCUUCGGAGGCCUGCAAACAUACCCCUGGAUAUUUUCAUGGAUGAGCUGAUAUUCUAUGAGCUCGGAGAGGACAUCAUGAACCGCUUCAAGGAGGACGAAGGUUUUCCAAAAGAAGAGGAGAGGCCUUUGCCGUCCAACAGACUCCAGAGAAAACUGUGGAUGCUGUUUGAGCACCCAGAGUCCUCAUCGGGUGCACGCAUUAUCGCCAUCAUCAGUGUGAUGGUAAUCGUGGUGUCCAUCCUCAUCUUCUGCCUGGAGACACUGCCUGACCUCAGACAUGACAGAGAGGAGCAUCACUCCCAGGCAAAGAACAUGUCUGAGAACAUGCCUGCUGCAUCAAGUUUUUUCCACGACCCGUUCUUUAUGGUGGAGACAAUGUGCAUAUGCUGGUUCUCCUUUGAACUCAUCAUGCGAUUCGCUUGCUCCCCCAGCAAAACGCACUUCUUCAAGGAUGUCAUGAACAUCAUUGAUUUCAGUGCUAUUCUGCCUUAUUUUGUCACUCUGGGAACAGAACUGGUCAAAGACAAUGAUGCCUCUCCAGCCACGUCCUUGGCCAUCAUCAGGGUCAUCAGGCUGGUGAGGGUCUUCAGGAUCUUCAAGCUGUCUCGUCACUCCAAGGGCCUCCAGAUUCUUGGUCAGACACUGCGGGCAAGCAUGCGUGAGCUGGGUCUUCUUAUCUUCUUCCUGUUUAUUGGCGUCAUCCUCUUCUCCAGUGCUGUCUACUUUGCUGAAGCUGACCACAACAAAACAGACUUUGUCAGUAUACCACAUGGCUUCUGGUGGGCAGUUGUCACUAUGACUACAGUAGGCUAUGGUGACAUGUACCCUGCAACAGUGUGGGGCAAGAUGGUGGGCUCUAUGUGCGCCAUUGCUGGUGUUCUUACCAUUUCGUUGCCUGUUCCUGUCAUUGUGUCCAACUUCAGCUACUUUUACCAUCGAGAGACUGAAUGCGAGGACCGAAGUGAGUACACUCAUGUCGAAACUAGCCUAUGGGAGGAUGAGGAGGCCGAACGAGAGGAUUUUGAGGAAGAUGGCCAGGAUCCAGAGGGAGAUUAUUAUGCCAGUGAAGGUAUUUGCAGCCCUCUAAAUGGGACUUUGCUUGGUGGAUUGUGUACAGGACAGAGUAUAGAGUACAGGGGAGGAAAUAUGUAUCUGAGGGAACCACUGGUUACCCAAGUUUAAGGAGGAAGUUUUGUACCCUCUGACAAAACCAUCAAACCAAAUAAAGUUCAUGAUUCACAAUUAAGUUAAAAUAUAUUUAAAGGUUCUGAAGUCCUGACAAGUGAACCAACAAAUGCUAGUUUGUGCAAUUUCAAUUUAACGCUCAUAUACCUCCUAACAACCUAAUAUUGCCUUUGUUAUUUGCUGGAACACUAACCAGUCAAAUGUCACUGAAAAGCAAUUUUUGCAUAAUACUGGUUUUAAAAACAAAUGUUUUACAUUCUCAGGGUUGUGAUAUUAAUGAAAUACAAGCUUUUAUUUAUUAAUGCUGUCAGCUUGUGUUUGAGAUGACUUCCUGAAUGUCUUGUGUCUUGAAACUAUAAUGUCUUAGUUCUUGUGCCGGCAAGUUUGAAAUGAAAGCAGAUAGAUCAUAGGCGAUAUGAAUGUCACGUCUUUUUAGAACUCAACCAAAUACCAGCUGAGCUGUCAAUGAAGACAGACUAAGAUCUCUCAUACGACACCUUUCACAUUCUCAGUAUUGUUCUAUAAGUAUAAUGUUUGCAUAUUUGAUUUUUUUUUUAGUUCUGGCUUAUAUAUUACCUGAAAUGCCAGUGUUAAAUAAUUGAUUUGACUGCCAUGGCAAACGUUCUGUAUUUAUC